AUGAAUGUUGUACAAAAUAUGGUAUCUGAUGACAUCGGGUACGUGAUAUACUCUGCGCUGGGCAGCUUCUACAUUCCCUCCUGCAUCAUGGUGUUCGUCUACAUCAGAAUAUACUACGCGGCGAAAGCGCGCGCUAGAAGAGGCAUCCGAAAGAACCCAAGGCCGCGGCCUAAUGAACAGCAGACAAGUUUUUCAAAUCCAAAAGGCACACGGCCCAUGCCUACCACGUCGUCACUGCACAUGCCACCAGGAGUUGACACAAACAACUCUAAUAAUAACAGGGAGGGACAAAUUUCAACAAUAGAGACGCAGCAAGUGCCAAUACCGACGGUAACGUGCGACUUCGCGUCAGACAUCUCGACCAGCGAGGCCGGCGAUCCCGGACCACAGCCGGAUGAAAGGAAAGAUACGCUUAAGGUGGUCACAUGCGCACAGGUAACAAGGAACCCGCUAGCAGCGUGUCCGUACAGAAGUUCGACAUUAUCAGUCAACGGGGAACUGCAACUCCAGCAAUCGCAACGAGGUAGAGCACCCAGCAUGGCCAUAGAUACAGAUAUGGUCUCAGAACUGGAACCAUCAUCGUCCGAUUCAGGCGUAGCCACGCGAUGCGCGGUCGUAAAACCACUAAAACUAAGGAUAUGCCAGCCUAUAUUCGGUAAAAAAUCAGAUUCAACAAGAAGGCAAGAGAAAUCACAGCCAACAAAAUCUGAAUUGGAACCAGCGCUACCAAAGCAGCAUAAACCUAGAGAUCCAGAAAGAGAGAAAAGAAGAUUAGCGAGAAAGAAAGAGAAAAGAGCAACGUUGAUAUUAGGUUUAAUAAUGGGUAGUUUUAUUGCUUGCUGGCUGCCUUUCUUCUUCCUUUAUAUCUUGAAAGCCGCGUGUAGAUGGUGCGUUAUACCAUCCAGUGCGUUUGCUAUCGCCUUUUGGUUGGGUUAUAUGAACUCUGUAUUAAAUCCAGUUAUUUAUACGAUAUUCAAUAAGGAUUUCAGAAGAGCGUUCAGACGGAUACUGUUCAAGUGA